CUUCUCCCCCUCUCACUUUCGACGUCAGUUCCCGCCAUUCUUCACUUCGUCCUUCACUAUCCCUGCUUUCUAAUCCGUUUUUUCUUGUAACAGUGGGUGUCCGCAAUCACUAGUCAUAUGGCUUAUCAUUCGCACAGUCGCAGCUACUCCGGCGCUUAUCGGCGCUACUCCUCGGGCAUGCCGAGAGGUUCUCACGGCCAGCACCCCUCAAUUCCAGAGAACGAGGUUGUCGACACAACCACCUCUCCUAUGCCUGGGUCUCCUCCCCCAGUGGUCUCCGAUGCUCCCAAGAACGACAUGCCCGAUUUCGAUAACUCGGUCGAUCUACUUGUUGCUUCAUGGAUUGGUAACAAUCCAAGCCCGACUCCGGCAGCCUCAACACCUUCCCCCGUUCCUGCUUCCACUCCUGAAGCGACACCAAAAGCUGAGCAGCCAGCCCUCCAGCCGGUCGCAAACAUUGUCUCGAAUGUGAAGAAGAAUGAGAGUCCGAUAACUCCGCAGACAAGUUCCCCUGCAGAGCACCAGAGGCUGAUCCCGCGGAACAAUAACAAUAAUGGUAGCGGCAAGGAGAAUCAGUUCAAGACUUCGGUGCGUUGGGGUAAUCGCAAAAUUCCAAUUACGUUGCCUGCCGAAUUCGCGCGGCCAAACUUGGUUACUCCUGAAGACCAUCGAAAAUAUGAGCGCAAGCUCCACGACUACGUUGCUCAGAACAUAAAUAUAGUCUCGCCCUCAAUGCCGGCCUUUCAAUCGGCCUUGUACAAUGGCCGGGCAGUUGUUCAGCUGCCUGAUGAGAAAGACUAUAGAGAGCAGUAUGCAUAUGCCCAGGAGCAGAGAUUGGGAGUAUCAUCACCCGGACUGGGAACCGAACAGCACUUGAUGCAGCAGGGAAUGAACAUGUACAGUCCGGGAAUGCACGGGCAGACUGCUCCCUACUAUCAAUACUCGCAGGCCAUGGGUCGCUCUAACUCGUCUCCACUAUCUCCUGAGGCUCCGGCGUUCAUGUCGACAAAUGGUCUCGGUAUCACGUACGGCAAUGGCCACCCAGCAGUGCCUCAACGAGCCGUGCACAUCAUGUCUUCUCCCGCUCCGGUCUCUGACAGUUCCAUGGGCCAGUAUGCAUACUCUGAAGCGAACAAGUCACCAUAUGCACAACAGCCAGAAUCGUUUGGAGAGUACCGUGCAGAAGUUGUCGAGAUCGUACGGCCACCUAGAGAAAGUAAGAGAAUUCCGAUUGUUAAUCCACAGAGCAAGCAGGCAGCUGGCACCACCGCAGCUGAUAACAGCAAACUUGAGACCGAAAGGAAAGAGUCAGAAAAGUCAGAGUCAGAGCCUAGUGCGAACCGAUAUUCGUUCACGCCGUUGGUACAAAGCGGAGCUGCGGCGAAAGACCUGAAUCAGGACGAGUUGGACGGAAUUGUCAACCGUCUUUCAGAGCACACUCCCGAGCGUGUGAUUUAUCCUCCGGUAGCCAUGAAUAUGGGUCAGGAGGAUGACACGGAGUCCAUGUGGUCGGACGGUACUGCUCAGGAUGAGCAGCGUCAGCGUUUGGUUGACGAUAAUCCUACACUGUCGCUAGACGAUCAGGCGAUGCAGAAGCUGGUGAACGAGGCUCUGAUGAAAAAGCUUGAUCCUUUGGAGAAGAUGAUGUCGAUGUUGACAGAUCAGCUGAAGAACACGCUGGUUUCGCAAGUAACGGCUGGGACUGACGAUGAAUUUGAAAUCGAAUACGAGGAUGAUGAUCCUGAAGGGGCGGAAGGCCAGCAGCUUGAGGUGGCACGUAGCCGCAGCGCAUCAUCCGGAAAGCCGCUGGAUGGUUCUGUCCCUGGACGAACAUCGUCGCGCAAUGUAUCGAAUACGAGCGAGAAUGGGUAUAUCCAAUCUCUAGUUUCUCAGAUAGAGACGUUAUCGGCUCGCAAUGAGAAGCUAGAUGGUGAGCUGGAUAUGGUGCGACGAGCAAAGGAGAAUGCGGAUGCUCUGGUCACUGAGCUUACGCAAAAAUACAUUGAGAGCGAGAAGUACAAGGCAAAGGCUGAGUCGUAUGUUGAGGAGAUUGGCCGUCUGAAAGAGCAUGGAAGCGAGAAGCAGAAGCAGCAUGAAAAGGAGCUGCGAGAACAGCAUGCACAGAUGCUGCGAGAACGGGAGCUUCACGAGAAAGAGCGAUCGAUGCAGCAAGACCAGAUCAAAAUUCUUCAGGAUAACGUUACUGUUCUCAACGACAAGCUGCGGAUAGCUGCACAGGAGGCAGAGCGUGAAGCUGAGAAGGCUCGAGCAGAGGUCAUACAGGCGAAGCGAGAGACGGAAGAUGCGGUCAACUCGCGGGCGACCGAGCUGUCUUGGAUCAAGACUCUGCUUGACGCAAAGGUCGAGGAACUCGAUGAGCAGCGAAGACUGAUCCGAAACAAAGAUAGUGAGACGGUCGAGAAGACAAAGAUCGAGGAGAUGUAUGCCAACAUGAACUCGAGCUUCUUGUCUAAACUCAAGUACGGUUCUGCGUUGAGUCUCGUGUCAGAUGAAUUUGUGGAGCUCCUGACAGCAGCCUCGCUGACGCUGUCGUCGCGUGGAGUUGUGGAGCUCAGAGAACUGCGUCGGCGCCAGAGCAGCAGACAGACGUCUGAGAACGCAAUGCCGCUUAACGACCAUCCGCACAACGUGCCGGCAGGCAUGAGCCCACUGAGACCAGGAUUCAGCAAUUUCACUAAAGGAUUGAAGGAUUUGAAGCUCAACCGGGCGAAUACGAUUCACGGAAUGGGCUCGCGUGAGGAUCAUUUGAGGAAGUUCCAGUUGAGUCGCGAAGUGUAAAAAGAGUUUUUGGCUGUUUAUUUUAUCUUUCACAUUUUGGACUUGUAAUAUUUUGAUAUUUUGUACGUUUAUUAAUUCAGGCUUUGGAUAUACGCCUUGACUUCACUGGAGAUUGCUC